UGGUGAUGAUGGUUUUAGUGUGGUUGAAUGUUUCUUCUGCAACUCUUUCUCCUGCUGGUGUGAAUUAUGAAGAGGGAUGCCCGGUCAGAAUUUAUCGGGGACGUUAUCGCCUGCAAUCGAAAAUCUUAGUAACCUGCAAUCUAUUAUGUUGCAGGAUAAUGCGAUUUCGGGUUCGAUUCCGGGUGCGAUAGGGAAGUUACGGAAACUUCAGACGCUUGAUCUUUCGGGGAAUAAGUUCAGCGGCGCGCUACCUAGUUCUUUAGGAGAUCUCAACAACUUGAACUUAUUGCGGCUCAACAACAACAGCCUUACUGGACCGGUUCCUCAUUCAUUAUCUGAACUUGGAAGCCUCACACUUGUAGACCUGUCAUAUAACAAUCUUAGUGGUCUGUUACCUAAAAUAUCAGCAAGAACAUUCAAAGUUAUAGGAAACCCUUUACUAUGUGAGCAUAAUUCUGAAAAUGGUUGUUCGGUUGUUUAUCCGGAGCCUCUCGCUUUCCCACCAAACGGUGAAUCUUCAUCCGACGAUAAAAGUCGUCGUCUAGCUAUUGCCCUUGGCACAAGCUUUGGUGCUGUAUUACUACUAAUCCUGGUUGUUGUGUUUCUCAUUUGGUGGCGUAUUCGUAAAAAUAAACAAAUAUUCUUUGAUGUUAAUGAUCAAUUUGAUCCUGAAAUUUGCUUGGGCCAUUUGAGAAGAUUUACAUUUAAGGAACUCCGGGCUGCGACCGAUAACUUCCAUGUAAAAAAUAUUUUAGGUAAAGGCGGAUUUGGAAUUGUUUACAAAGGAUUGUUGACGGAUGGCACAGUCGUGGCGGUUAAAAAGUUAAAAGAUGACAGUAAUUUUGGGGGUGAAGUUCAGUUUCAAACUGAAGUUGAAACCAUAAGUUUGGCGGUUCAUCGCAAUCUUUUACGCCUUUGGGGGUUUUGUUCCACUGAAAAUGAGCGGAUUUUAGUCUACCCGUUUAUGGCAAAUGGAAGCGUUGCUUGUAAACUAAGAGAUCAAAUUCAUGGCAAACCAGUUUUAGACUGGUCAAGAAGAAAAAACAUUGCAUUAGGAACAGCAAGAGGUUUACUAUAUUUACACGAACAGAGUGACCCGAAAAUAAUUCAUCGGGACGUUAAAGCAGCGAAUAUUUUACUGGAUGAAGAUUUCGAGGCAGUUGUUGGUGAUUUCGGGCUGGCUAAGUUGUUGGACCACCGUGAUUCUCAUGUGACCACUGCGGUUCGUGGGACCGUGGGCCACAUUGCACCUGAGUAUUUGUCGACGGGCCAAUCGUCUGAUAAGACUGAUGUUUUUGGGUUUGGGAUCUUGCUUUUGGAGCUAAUUACGGGUCAAAAAGCGUUAGAUUUUGGUAAAACGGCUGCUAACCAAAAAGGCGUUAUGCUCGAUUGGGUAAAGAAGCUCCAUCAAGAUGGGAAACUAAAUCUAAUGGUCGAUAAAUCAUUAAAAAACAAUUUUGAUCGUGUCGAGUUGGAAGAAAUGGUUCAAGUUGCACUUUUGUGCACCCAAUUUAGCCCGUCAAACCGACCCAAAAUGUCGGAAGUAUUAAGAAUGCUGGAAGGAGAAGGGCUAGUGGAGCGGUGGGAAGCUUCACAAAACAUCGAAACACCAAAAUUUCGCGCACAAGAAAGUUUUCCGAAAAGGUAUGCGGAUUAUAUUGAAGAAACUUCACUUGUAUUUGAAGCAAUGGAGCUUUCGGGUCCUAGAUGACCCGAUAUAAUAUGGUUUUGAGCUCAUGUUUUGACUUA